UGGCAUUUUCCAAAGAAGACAGAAGAAACUGCAGAGUGUUAAGAUGGAUGAAAACCCUCUUCUUCCUGGCCACCAUGUUAGUUUCACUCCUCCUGUUAUCGGCGCCGGUUCUUCUCCUCAUCGCCGACGCCAUUCUCCCCUCCGCUCUGCUGUCGGCGGCGCCGUCGUCGUCUCCGGCGUCCAUCUCCCUGAAAUCGCUCUCUUCUCACCUCAGCAACUACGAUUUCCGCUACUCCCUCAUCGACAUCCCCCUCAUUUCCAUCGUCCGCUCCGCCAUCAUUCUAUGUGUGUAUAGUUUGUGUGACGGUCCAAGGCUAUCAAGGGGACCAUAUUUGGGAAUUGCGACCAUAUGUUCGGUUUCAUCAUUGGUGUUUUUGUCACUGAAAGCUGGGUAUAUUUUUGGAAAUUAUUGGAGUUCAAGUUUAGACUCGAAUAAAGAAAGAUUGGGUUAUACAAUAGAUGUAGCGCUAUUUACAUGCUCAUUUCUGAUGGCGAUUGCACACAUCGUGGUGGCAUAUAGGAUCAGUUGUAGAGAGAGGAGGAAACUCCUCGUGUUCAAGAUUGAUAUCGAAACUGUUUACCCGAAGGGGGAUCUGCAGCCUGAUUGGUCGGUACACAAAUUUAGUAUUAGCAAACAUGUGAGGCUAUGAAAUAGUGGCAGAAAAUCAUCAGCUAUUCAUCAAUCUAUUUGAGAUGAUUCAGCAGUUCACCACUGAUUGUUCUG